GGUGAAUACCUACCUACCGUACCUACUUUGGUUGUAUGCGUAUUUCGAUUUUGCGAGUUGUGACUGUGUAAUUAAUAAUUAUAUUGCGAUUUAGUCACUCUCUCUUGGUACUUGUUUAUUAAAUUCCAACUAAAUUCUAGAAUACGUGAACGGUGAAACGUAGUUUUCCAUAAAAAAGUACUCUGUGUACGUAGUAUCCCCCUAGUCUGUGAUUCUAGAGAAUGUGUUGACUUCGUUUUAUAUUUACCCACCAAUAUCGUUGUUAUGUUACUUUGCAACUGCUGUGAUCUAAACCAGCUUACCUUUUGUUUCCGCUAAUAUUUAUUUCCGAAGGAAACUUUUUAUUGCCUUGUAUUGCAUCGUGGUUGUACUAAACAAUGGACUCAGAACGUCAACCAAAGUUGAACCCUGUUAGAGCUUUCCAAGUUCUUCAUGGUAAUCUAAUGGAUCCAGAUGAUUCGUACACUAGUCUUUCAGACUGUCACGACUAUGAACCAAGCUUGGAAUUUGAUGAUUCAGAGUUAAUUCAGGCGGGAGCUCUAGCACCACUGCCACCAGAACUGAUCGAUCUUCCUGAUGUUAUAAGCAAACGAUCAGCCAGUGACGGUACUAUAGAGGAGAACUUUGAGGAGGAACUGGCGCCACCAGAGGUUUAUGCUGAGAUCGCGGUCAAGUCAUUGGAUUAUGAUCAUUUUGCCGAGUUAAAUGGAACUGGACUUAUAGAAGUGGUUGGUGAUGAUGAAAUUGGCCGUCGAAUUAUAAUUGUGUCAGCGUGUCGCCUGCCCCCCAGCAAAGAUCUUCACCCGGAUAUAUUACUGAGCUAUCUUAUGUUCACCUUAGACAAAUACGUUGAGCAGGACUACAGUGUUGUAUAUUUCCACUGUGGCCUGUCAAGCAGGAACAAACCACCUCUGUCAUGGCUCUGGAAGGCCUAUAAGGCGUUCGAUAGAAAAUAUAAAAAGAAUCUCAAAGCUCUAUACUUAGUACAUCCAACGAAUUUUAUAAGAAUAGUAUGGCAAAUGCUAAGGCCGGCCAUCAGUGUAAAAUUCGGCAGGAAGAUGAUGUAUGUUAACUAUCUACACGAACUUCAACCUUAUUUGGACGUAGAUAAACUAUAUAUUCCCGAGCCGGUACUAGAAUACAACAAGUUACUGCUCGAGAAGAACCCUCGCGCGGCCGAGGCGGCUCGUCUGCAACAGGAUCAGAUGAAUCAGAGCAAGGAGAAGGCGGCACCCAAGGAAGUAGUGAUGCCCCCACCGACUCAGCAGUUCGGCGUGUCCCUGCAAUUCAUCAAAGAGCACAACCCUAACAUGAUCGACUCCAUCCCGCCCGUCGUAAGGCAGUGCGUCGAGUUUUUAUCGCAGCCGGAAGCUCUGGGCACCGAGGGUAUAUUCCGUCGGUCAGCCAACAUAUCGGUGAUCAAGGAGUUGCAGCGCGCUUGCAACAGGGGUGAACCGAUAUCCUUCAGGAACGAUCCUCAUAUCGCGGCGGUUUUACUCAAGACCUUCCUCAGGGAUCUCGAGGAACCGCUCAUGACUUUCGACCUGUACGAGGAGAUUGUGAAGUUCCAAUCGUGGACUAAUCGCGACAAGCCCCGUCAGGUGAAAAUAUUGAUCCUUGAGCGGCUCCCGUUGGAUAAUUACAAGUUACUCAAAUACAUCAUACAGUUUUUGUGGGAGGUGCAAGACAUGAGCUGCCUCAACAAGAUGACCAGCUCGAACUUGGCCGUUGUGUUCGGACCGAACCUGUCUUGGCCACCUAACGGCAUGAUGUCCCUGCAAGCCAUCGCUCCAAUCAACGCGUUCACAGAUUACAUUCUCGAGCACCAAGAGUCAAUCUUCAUUAUCUAAAAAUGAAAAAGAGCUUAUUAAAAAUGAAACUGUCAAAAAUCUUCAUUCCAAGCUGUUAAAAAAUCAAUUUGUUCUUAAUCAGCUUCUGAUAUUAUAGUAUUUUGCCAUUUA